ACUACACCAGCAGGAGGAACUACACCAGCAGGAGGAACUACACCAGCAGGAGGAACCACUCCGGCGGGAGGAACUACACCAGCAGGUGGAACUACACCAGCGGGUGGCACCACUCCACCAGGUGGAACAACCCCUUCUCCUUUACCCAGAUUAUAUGCUGCCCUUCAGAAUAAUAUUAAUCUGCUUAAUGCUAUGAACGAAUUAGCAAAAACAGUUCAAGAUUUAUUAACUUCUCUAAACAGUAUCCAGAAUGCAAACACGGGAAGAAGACACCGACGUAGUGUUAGCGACAUCGAGAGCCUCAUCAGUUUAAUAGCACAAGCGAUUACAGCUGUUGAGAGUGGUAACACGACAGCUGUGCUCUCAUUAACAGAUGAAAUAAAGACGAAGACAAGUAUCGUUUCAGAUCUUGCAGUAGCAGCUGCAAGCAAUGCAACACUCGCAAGUGAACUACAAGGAAGCGUAGGCAAUGCAGUCAGUGGGAUUAGUAACCUACAGGGAGCCAUCACAACGAAAGACAAAGAAGUCCAAAAAAACAUUGACACAAUACAGCAGGAUAUCAACCAGCUUGGGGGAACUACCGUUGAUGUAACAACUAUUGAUUUUGACGUUAUAACAGACGGCGGCAACAAUGAAGAAACUACUACCAAGGCAGAGGACACCACCACCGUGGACACGACUGAAGAAACUACACUAAUGGACACUACAACAGUCGAUACCACCUUGAUUGAUACCACAACGAUGGACACUACGAUAGUAGAUACUACCACUGUCGAUACCACCUUGAUUGAUACCACAACGAUGGACACUACCAUAGUAGACACUACAACAGUCGAUACCACCCUGAUUGAUACCACAACGAUGGACACUACGAUAGUAGAUACUACCACUGUCGAUACCACCUUGAUUGAUACCACAACGAUGGACACUACCAUAGUAGACACUACAACAGUCGAUACCACCCUGAUUGAUACCACAACGAUGGACACUACCAUAGUAGACACUACAACGGUAGAUGUCACAAGCAUCACAGUCGAUACCACUACAGCAGACAUUACCACAACAGAAGAUACUACUGCCGUUUUUUAUAGUACCACCACCACAGGAGGUAUCAGUACAAUUGACACCACCACACCAGAUGUCAUCACAACUGACACCACCACAGAUGUCAGCACAAUUGAUAUCACCACAGAAGACGUCACUACAGUUGAUAGCACUACAGUAGACAGCACAGAAGCCCCAACCACCACGGAAGCCCCAACUACCACGGAAGCCCCAACUACCACGGAAGCCCCAACUACCACGGAAGCCCCAACUACCACGGAAGCUCCUACUACCACGGAAGCUCCAACCACCACGGAAGCUCCAACUACCACGGAAGCCCCAACUACCACGGAAGCCCCAACUACCACGGAAGCCCCAACCACCACAUCCAGCUCUACGUCAACAAAUGGAUAAAGAAUCAACCCGUAACGCAGAGGCGACAUCGACUGGACAAUGCCAUUAUCUGAAAAAGAUAAAAAGAAAAAAAAAUCAUGAAAAAAAUUAAAUUGCAGCCAAUACAGACGCCAUAUUCUUGUGAAGAAGUACACACUUCCAAAUGAAUAUAAGUUUCUGUAAACAUUUAUAUGUGUAUGUCUUUCUACUGUCGUAAAAUAUGUACCUCCUGACAAAUUUACUUGUUAGCAUAAGAAAAAAAAUCCUAGUUACUGAUAAAGUUUUAUGAAAU